AUGCUGGCGUCCAAAUCCGUCGCUCAGAUAAGUGUCGCAUCGGCCGGCAUUCUCCUUACUAUCUCGUUGAUUACAAUUUUUCUCACCGCUAGAGAAAUCAACGACGUCUACCGAGAAGCGAUGAGGGAUCUCGACGAAUGGAAGCGCUACUCAGAUGAAGCUUGGCACGAUAUGAAAUCGAUUCUGCAGCGAUCACCACGACAAGCGCCAAAGCGUGCAAAGACUGUGUCGAGGCGUAACUCGUACUACUUUGCCCCGUCGCCAGAACCGUACGCAGCUCCACAACCAUCUUAUGCCCAAGUGGAUAUAUGCAGUUGUGCUCAGCAGCCCAACUAUUGCCCAAGUGGGCCUGUUGGUCCGCCAGGUCAGCCUGGCCUUGAUGGAGAGAACGGUUAUCCCGGACAACCUGGGCAACCGGGCUCGGACGGUAUCACCGUUGGUACAUACCAGGAGAACCUUCCAGGCUGUAUCCACUGUCCCGGUUGGCCCUCCAGGACCACCUGGAGUGAUGGGAUACCCAGGAGAGCAGGGCCCACCCGGAGCAGAAGGCUGCCUGGAACAGUCGGAUACGCGGGACAACCUGGACCAUGUGGGCCUCCUGGAGAUCCGGGUCUCAACGGAGCACCUGGACUUCCGGGCCCACCAGGAGAAAACGGCUUUGAUAUGGUUGUUCACAUAGGCACUCCGGGUCCUAAAGGUCUACCAGGGAGGUCUGGUCCUCCUGGAAGGCCAGGACCCCAAGGAGUUUGUCCGCCGCCAGGCCAACCUGGUCCCGUUGGGCAGCCUGGUCCCCCCGGGACAUC